ACUGCGCGGUUCGGUUUGAGAGCUCAUUUUUGUUUGUUUACAACUUCAUGGCUAACUUUAGUUCAGCUAUUUUAUGAAUGAAUAUUGAGUAAAUUAUGAAAAGUUAACAAUGGGAACAUCAUUUCGUCUCCUAUUAUCUACGUUUUACAAUUAAGCACGUUUAUAUUUAGCAGUAAAACCUCCGGACGUUCUAUUCGCUAAUUCAUGUAGCAUUUCCUGCAAGAUGACUGACAUUUGCAGCUCGGAACCUGCUGGAGCCAUCAAGGCCAUUGAUAAGCACUCGGUGCAUCAAAUCUGCUCAGGGCAGGUGGUGCUGACCUUGGCCACUGCUGUGAAAGAACUGGUGGAGAACAGCAUUGAUGCUGGGGCCACCAACAUUGAUGUCAAGCUGAAAGAGCACGGAAUAGAACUAGUGGAGGUAUCGGAUAAUGGAAAAGGCGUCGAGGAGGCCAACUUUGAAGGGUUGACGUUAAAACAUCAUACUUCAAAGUUGAGGGAUUUCUCCGAUCUCAUCCACGUGGAGACGUUUGGCUUCAGAGGCGAAGCCCUCAGCUCUUUGUGUGCUCUGAGUGACCUAAGUGUGGUGACAUGCCAUGAGUCCAGCCCUGUGGGGACCAAGCUGCUCUUUGACCACAAAGGUCACUUGGCUCAGCGGGUACCUCAUCCGCGGCAGCAAGGCACCACGGUCAGCCUGCAGCAGCUCUUCCUCACCCUGCCGGUCAGACACAAGGAGUUCCAGCGCAAUAUUAAGAAGGAGUUUACCAAAAUGGUGCAUGUUUUGCAGUCUUACUGCAUCAUCGCCUCAGGAGUGCGCAUUACAUGCUCCAACCAAAGUGGGCAAGGGAAGCGCAACACAGUUGUCAGCACGAGUGGUAGCCGGAAUAUGAGAGACAACAUAGGAGCUGUAUUUGGACCCAAACAGCUCCAGAACCUUCUACCCUUUAAGCAAGUACCCCCUAACGAAAAGGUCUUGGAAGAAUAUGGACUCGAGAACGCAGAACUCCCCGAAAAGCUCUUUAGCAUCACAGGGUUUGUGUCGCAAGCAGACCAUGGUGUGGGAAGAAGUGCCACGGACAGACAGUUCUUUUUUAUAAACAAGCGACCAUGUGAUCCCCAAAAGGUGACCAAACUCGUGAAUGAAAUCUAUCAUAUGUACAACAGACAUCAGUAUCCUUUUGUUGCCCUGAACAUAGAAGUUGCCUCAGAGUGUGUGGAUGUAAACGUUACCCCAGACAAGCGGCAGAUUUUCCUUCAGGAGGAGAAGCUCUUGUUGGCUAUUCUCAAGUCUUGUCUCAUCAACAUGUUUGAAGCUGGUGUCAAUAAAAUCAGUCUCAACGAUAGUCUCAUCCCCGGCAACACGACUACAUCUCAACAAUCUGAAGAGAACAUGCUAGAAUCUGAAGACACCGGAGCAGUGACGCAGAGCCCCAAGUCACCACUGAACCUGGCUGGUUUAAAAGCUGCUUUUUCAAGUCACCACGGCGUCAUUGGUGGUUUCAAAUCCAACGCUUCAAAAGCUGCAAAUAACGGCCCAGCACAGAAAACCCUUAAGUCUUUCUUUAAGGACGCUGGGAAAACUGCUGCCCAUCAUCCAAGUGUAAAAUCUCCCGUAAAACUCACACGCAGUUUAAAUACAGGCUCCUCAGUAGGGAGGUCAGUGCUUGAUGGGUUCAGGUAUGGCAAGGGGACAUCUUGCAGCGAUAUUGACUCCAAAGGCAUUGUUCUGUCCAGUUGUGACAUAAGUCCUUCACCAGGUAGUCAGAAUUUUGCCCCACACUCGCCUGCUUUUGAUGCGGAAGAACCCGACAUAAAAACGGAAGCGGUGACAGAGCCAGAAAGCCACAAAGUUGUCCAGGAGAUGCAUGACAGCGAGUGCAGCGCUAUGAGUCCAGAUCCGAAAAGAGCCAAGAAAGAGAAUCCGUGCUGCGCGGUGGAUGCGCCGGUCACUUUACAAAAGAGGGCGGUGCCGCUCCACUUCUCAUUGCAAGAAGUGACCGGGAAGAUGACGAGUUUACAGGCCCAAAAGCAGAAGCAAAAAGCCCGUGAGGAGCUUCAGUACCGACGCUUCAGAGCCAAAAUCAACCCGGGUGAAAGCCAACAUGCAGAGGAGGAGCUGAAGAAGGAAAUCAGCAAAGACAUGUUCAAAGAGAUGGAGAUCGUGGGCCAGUUUAAUCUGGGCUUUAUCAUCACCAAACUCAACUCGGACAUCUUCAUGAUUGACCAGCACGCCACUGAUGAGAAAUACAACUUUGAGAUGCUGCAGAAACACACCGUGCUCCAAGGACAAAAACUCAUUGUCCCUCAAAAACUUGACCUCACUGCAGUUAAUGAGAACGUACUUAUGGAAAACAUCGACAUUUUCCGAAAGAAUGGCUUUGAAUUUCAGGUCGACGAGGAAGCUCAGGUGAUGGAGAGGGUCAAGCUGGUUUCUCUGCCCACAAGUAAGAACUGGACAUUUGGUCCAGCAGACAUUGAGGAGCUGAUCUUCAUGCUGAGCGACAGCCCGGGCGUCAUGUGUCGGCCGUCACGCGUCAGGCAGAUGUUCGCCUCCAGAGCUUGUCGGAAAUCCGUGAUGAUUGGCACCGCACUGAGUACAAGCGAGAUGAAGAAGCUGGUGCUACACAUGGGUGAGAUUGAGCAGCCGUGGAACUGUCCUCACGGGAGGCCCACGAUGAGACACCUGGUCAACCUGGAUAUCAUCUCACAAGAUUGAGAAAGAACGCUCGAAGACUCACUGGCUCAAGUUGCCUUAAACCCACUGAUUCACUCGAUGAAUCAAAACCUGACUCCAAUCUAUGAAUACUGUUUAUAUCUGGUGUAAAUUCUGUAUGUGACUGUUUUGAAUAUUUUUUUACUCUUAAAUUCUUUCAAGAUGUUAUAAUUUUAAGUUUUACAGCAACACACAGUAUAGGUUUAUACGUGAACAAACGUUAUUACAUAUGUCAAAUAAAAAAUGU